GUGACAACGGUCGGUGGUUUUGGAUUAGUAGCUCGGUUUGCGACUGCUCUUCCGGGAGCUGCUGGGGCCGCAGGAAGAAACUCCCAUAAUGGAAACUCUGUCGUUCCCCAGAUACAACGUAGCUGAGAUUGUGGUUCAUAUUCGCAAUAAAUUAUUAACAGGAGCAGAUGGCAAAAAUCUCUCUAAGAACGAUCUUCAUCCAAAUCCAAAGCCUGAGGUCUUGUACAUGAUCUACAUGAGAGCCUUACAAAUAGUAUAUGGGAUCCGGCUGGAGCACUUCUACAUGAUGCCGGUGAACAUUGAAGUCAUGUACCCACAUAUAAUGGAGGGCUUUUUACCAGUCAGCAAUUUAUACUUUCAUCUGGAUUCAUUUAUGCCGAUUUGCCGCGUGAAUGACUUUGAGAUAGCUGAUAUUCUUUAUCCAAAAGCAAAACGGACAAGUCGGUUUUUAAGUGGCAUUAUCAACUUUAUUCACUUCCGAGAAGCAUGCCGGGAGAUGUAUACAGAAUUUCUUUUGCAAAAUAAAUCCUCUAUGGACAAAAUGCAGCAGUUAAACAGUGCACACCAGGAAGCAUUGAUGAAACUGGAAAAACUCAAUUCAGUUCCAGUUGAAGAGCAAGAAGAGUUCAAGCAACUUAUGGAUGACAUUCAGGAGCUGCAGCACUUGCUGAACCAGGAGUUUCGGCAGAAAACGACACUGCUACAGGAGGGAAAUGCCCAAAAGAAAUCAGAUAUUUCAGAGAAAAACAAGCGUUUGAAUGAACUAAAGUUGUCAGUGGUUUCUUUGAAAGAAGUUCAAGACAGCUUGAAAAGCAAAAUCGUGGACUCUCCAGAGAAGGUGAAGAACUAUAAAGAGAAGAUGAAAGACACUGUCCAGAAGCUCCGGAACUCCAGGCAAGAAGUGAUGGAGAAGUAUGAAGUCUAUAGAGAUUCUGUGGAAUGCCUGCCUUCCUGUCAGCUGGAGGUGCAGUUAUAUCAGAAGAAAAUACAGGACAUUGCAGAGAACAGGGAGAAGCUAAGCAGUAUUUUAAAGGAGAGCCUGAACUUAGAGGACCAAAUUGAAAGUGACUCAUCAGAACUAAAGAAACUCAAGACUGAAGAAAAUUCACUCAAAAGACUAAUGACUGUCAAGAAGGAAAAGCUUGCCACUACGCGACUCAAAAUAAACAAGAAGCAGGAGGAUGUAAAACAGUACAAGCGGACCGUGAUUGAAGAUUGCAAUAAAGUUCAGGAAAAAAGAGGUGCUGUCUAUGAGCAAGUGACCACCAUUAAUCUGGAGAUCCAGAAGAUUAAAUCUGGGAUUCAGCAACUAAAAGAUGCUGCGAAAAGGGAGAAACUCAAGUCUCAGGAAAUCUUUGAGAACUUGAAAAGUGCUCUGGAGAAGUACCAUGAGGGCAUUGAGAAGGCAACAGAGGAGUGCUGCGCUAGAAUAGAAGAGAAGACUGCUGAGCUGAAGAAGAGAAUGUUCAGAGUGCCGCCCUGAUCACUCAGCCCUCCAGGCCUGCCGCCUGUCGGUGUCUAUUGAGCAUAGUUAUGUUGGAACUAGUAGAAACGCCAGCAGUAUCAUCUAACUAACGUGGGUAACAUCGGUUCCCAUUUGUCUUUGCUGUCUUUUUAUAUGAUGAUGUGCUUCAUGUGUUUUUUCCUUGGUGCUGGGAUUGAACUCAGGGCCUUGCAGGCUACAAUGAGCUGCUUCCCCAGGCUCCAACAUGCCCUGUAUUAUAGGAUUUUGCUACAAUUAAAAUAACUUGUACAGCUUUUGUGU